GUCGCUUCCUCCUGGGUGAGAACUGCUUCUUUCAUACCGUCGGUGUCCAGAAAAAUCCUACGAGGCUGUACAUGCAUACGUUGAUGCAGUGACCCCACAGCUUUAGAAGCAAGACUAAAAUAAGGGGGAAGCAGGACAAUUAAAGUGAUCGCUGUUGCCAUUCUGGACAAUUGCAAUGGCUUACUCACAGAUCCGCUUGAAAAUCCUCCCCAGUGUUCGUUGUCUCUUUGAUAAACUGGUGCAGGUAAAAGUGGAGGGCCUUGCGCCGCACAAACCAGUGCAACUGAGGUCCAAACUGGUUGAUGACAGAGGGAUUGUUUUCAAAGCCUCUGCCCUGUACAAAGCCGAUGGAAGCGGCCAGGUGGAUGUCUCCCGUGCGCCCUCGCUGGGAGGAAGCUACACUGGUGUGGAGCCCAUGGGCUUGUUUUGGACCAUGGCACCAGACACUCCACACAAUAAAUUCACAAAGAAAAAUGUGCUUAGCCCAACACGGGUGGAGUUAGAGGCCGUGAAUGAAGAGACUGGUGUUGUCUUAGCAUCUGAAACUAAUGAGAGAGAAUACAUGACUGAGGGGAUGAAGAGAAUACCUGUAGAGGAGGGAAGAAUACGAGGAGUCCUUUUCAUACCUCCAGGAAAGGGUCCAUUCCCAGGUAUUGUGGACUUGUACACUUUUGGCGGAGGCCUUAGUGAACCCAGAGCCAGCCUCUUGGCAAGUAAAGGUUUUGUUGUUCUGGCACUGGCCUAUUUUCGUUACCUGGAUUUACCGAAAAACCCUAAAAACUUGGAUUUGGAGUACUUCGAGGAGGCUGUAACAUAUCUGAGGAGCCAGCCAGAGGUUAAAGGUCCUGGGAUUGGCAUCAUAUCAAUCUCUCACAGUGGUGGUUUGGCUCUGUUGAUGUCGUCUUUUUUCUCUGGUAUCUCAGCAACCGUCUGUAUUAACGCCUGCAAUGCAAAUACUGUGAUUCCUGUACACUACAAAGACCUUGUAAUACCUCCACUGUCCCCAGUCAUAAAGAAUGUUAAAAUAACAGAGUCUGGGCUUGUAGAUAUUCGUGAUGCCCUACCAGACCCUUCCUUGGAAAAGAACAGGGCUUCUUUGAUCCCAAUUGAGCGUGCCACCUGCCAGUUCCUCUUUGCUGUCUCUGAAGACGACCACAACUGGAACAGCCCUUUUUUUGCCAACCAGGCUGCUGCAAUACUGAGAAAUCACGGCAAAAAAUCGUUUCAGGUGGUCACCUAUCCAAAAGCUGGACACUUUCUGGAAGUGCCUCCCAUGCCUUAUUGUCCGUCUGGGUUUCACGCAGCGGUUGGGAGAGAGGUGGUGUUUGGUGGCGAGUCAAAAGCCCACUCUGAAGCUCAGCUGAACCUGUGGGAAAGAGUCCAGGAGUUCUUCAAGAGCCACUUGGACAACACAAGUUCUUGCUAGAAGGCAAUGCUCUAACAAAUCUAUCAAGCAUCACUGACUGGUUGCUGUUAGUGAUGCUUACCGCCAUUGCCUGUAGUUUCUCAGAGGAUAUUAAACGGUACGGUAUGACUGCAUUCCAAUGUUGGAGCUUUUGAUUUUUGACUUUUCUUUACCUGAAACUAACUCAACACUCCUCAGUUCCAGGUUUUUUUUUUUUAGUUCAUUAGAGUUCUCAUGACACAUGAGUAUAUUUUCCUGCAUAAUUCUUUCAUUUCUAAGAGAAGCAUUUUGACUUGCCAGUGCAGAAAAAUAGUAGGAGCUAGUGCUGCUGCUGUUCUGUUGACGUGUUCCACAAAAGCAGAAGAGUCUGUUGUCAUUACUUACACUUGUGCUUUGACUGCAGAGACAUGACAAAAUGUCUGCCGUGAAAAUGAUCUGUGCGUCACAAGCUUCACGCUAAGAUGGCUCAGACACAGUAACAUGUUGUAUGGUUGGAACCAAUCACUAAUAAUCAAGUCUGAGUUCAUCUCUUUGUAUAAAACACUUCUUGCCUUUAUGCAGUGUUCUAACCUGAAAAUAGAUGUAUAAAUAUUUUGUUUGGUUGUAUAAGGGCUCUGUAAUAAUUCUGUUGUAUUAAAAAGAUCUAUCAAUAAAUAAUAUAUUUUUAAAUGA